AGUCUCCUGCCCUCCUUGGAUCCGAAUCCAGUUCACUCAACCCAGCUGAACAGCUGAGCAACCGGAUCCGAGAGGGAAUUGGAGGGGGAGGGAAGGCACAAUCCACAAAGCUUCCCUUCCCCCUCUCCCCCCCAGGGCUCUGAACUAUUUUUGGGCAGUGCCGACCCCGCCCCAGUCCCAGCCUUCCCGGGGUCCUUUCCAGAGUACUGGCUAUUCAUCCUGGCAGGAGGGGCCCGCUGUGUCCGCAGGGGUUGAUCCGUGGCUGAAGGUCCAUCUGAGGCCAUGUCGGGUCGCUCAGUGCCACAUGCCCACCCGGCCACCACCGAGUACGAGUUCGCUAAUCCGAGCCGCUUAGGCGAACAACGAUUUGGGGAAGGCCUGCUCCCAGAGGAGAUCCUGACUCCUACCCUGUACCAUGGCUACUAUGUCCGACCACGGGCAGCUCCAGCUGGGGAAAGCAGUGGAGCAGGGGCCUCGGAGCUCCGUCUUAGUGAAGGCAAGUUCCAGGCCUUCCUGGAUGUGAGUCAUUUUACCCCAGAUGAGGUGACAGUGAGGACCGUGGACAACCUGCUGGAGGUGUCUGCCCGGCAUCCUCAGCGCCUGGAUCGACAUGGUUUUGUGUCUCGUGAGUUCUGCCGUACCUAUGUCCUGCCUGCUGAUGUCGAUCCCUGGAGAAUUAGGGCGGCACUCUCCCAUGAUGGCAUUCUUCACCUGGAGGCUCCACGAGGAGGAAGACAUUUGGACACAGAGGUCAAUGAGGUCCACAUUUCUCUGUUACCUAGGCCUCCUGACCAGGAGGAAGAAGGGGAGGGAGACUGGAUGGGACUCUGAUUAUCCCAAACCUGGCACCAAGCAAGUCCCUUUCUUACAGGAGAGGUUAUUGCUGUAUGGUGAAGAGAGCAGCUGCCCACCAGCCUAGAGACAGUUAUAUCUCAUGGGGGAAAGGAAAG